AUGUCGCCCAAGGAGGAGCUGCGGCGGAUGAUCGACGAGUUGAAGGCCAAGAAAGAGGCCGAGAAGAAGGCCAAGAAUCCCAACCGCGUCGGUGGCUGGUACGUCGAGUUGAAGAGGCAGCGCGAGGCCCGCGGCGAGCACGCAGACAACGAAUGGCUGCCCUCUUUCGGCGGUGUGUGGAACGAAGGCCCUCGAAGUAUGCAUGCGCGCAAGCAUCGAGCCUACGACCCGUCCUUCUCGAGCAGCACGCCCACCCAAGCCAAGUAA